CUCUCAUGGAGCAGAGAAUCAGUUCUGCAUGGGACCAAAGCGCUGUGAAUGCAUGCGGAUAGUGUGUGCUAUGAGACGCGGUUGAUGCUUUGACACUGGAACACAAUGACUCUACUGGGAUCUGAACAUUCCAUUCUGAUUCGCAGCAAGUUUAAAUCAGUCCUGCAGCUGAGACUCCAGCAGAGGAGGACGCGAGAGCAGCUCGCUGACCAGGGCAUCAUGCCUCCCUUGAAGAGUCCGGCUGCGUUCCACGAACAGAGGAAAAGUCUUGAGCGAUCCAAGACUGGAGAUUAUUUAAAACACAAAAUCAGAAGUCGACCAGAGAAAUCAGAGCUUGUCAACAUGCAUAUUCUACAAGAACCUGCCACUGAAGGUCCCGCACACGACUCGCAGACGAAACUGAAGCGAGCCAGACUGGCCGACAACCUGAAUGAGAGAAUCGCUCUCAGACCGGGGCCACUGGAGCUGGUGGAGAAGAACAUCAUCCCUGUUGAUUCCACCGUUAAAGAAGCGGCUAUGAAAGUGAACCAUGGGAAGUUCCCGCAGCAGGAGGACUCAUAUGCGUUUGAGGAGGACAGCAGCAGUGAGAGUCUGUCUCCAGAUCAGCCACACAGUGAAGAGUCACAGAGUUCGGCGGAAGCGCUUACAGAGAACAAGAGCAGCGGCUCGAGCUCUCCGACACUUACCAACACUGAGCACGGGUCUCAGAAUAAAGACAGCAGUGCUCAAAACCAGGAGGAGAACAUGACAAACAGCCAAGAAACUCCACCGAUUCCCGUUCCUGCAAUAGUCAAGUCCAAAAUGUCUGAGAAGAACCGCCACAAGAAACCCAAAGAUAUCAAGCCUAAAGUGAAGAAGCUGAAGUACCACCAGUACAUCCCGCCGGACCAGAAGGCGGAGAAAUCUCCUCCGCCGCAGAUGGACUCGGCGUACGCGCGUCUCCUGCAGCAGCAGCAGCUCUUCCUGCAGCUGCAGAUCCUCAGCCAGCAGAAACACCAGCAGAAUUCACAUUCACACUCGCAUUCGCAUCAGCAGCAGAGCUUCAGCUACCAGACCCUAAACCAGAACACGCUCAACAAGGCGUCCAGUGAACAGCAGUCAUCAUGUGCAUCCAGCGUCCAGACCAGCAGCAGCUCCUCAUCUCCAGUGAAGAGCAGUUACUGCAAUCCGUCCAUCAGCCCCGUCAGACCCGGACCACUGCCUGCCAACCUGGAUGACCUGAAGGUAUCUGAACUCAGGCAGCAGCUGCGUAUUCGUGGUCUCCCUGUGUCUGGCACUAAGACGGCGCUCAUAGAGCGACUGCGGCCCUUCAAAGACUCCAGCUGCACUUCUCCAGCCACUUCCACAGAUGUCAGCACAGCCGCAUUCCCCGUGACGCCCACCGGAUCGCUGUCGUCAUACCAGUCGCACGGUGCUGGCUUCUACCCCUUCUGCAGCAGCGGCUCCACACCGCCCAUCUCUCCAGCCUCAUCCGAUCUCUCCGUCAGCGGAUCACUGCCCGACAGCUUCAGUGACGUCACCAUGUCCUCGCCGCAGUUCGGCCUGCAGCCGUCGCCGGCCCAGCUGAGCGCAGACGAGGGCGCGCUGGGACCAGACGCAGAGAAGGACAAGAUGCUGGUGGAGAAGCAGAAGGUGAUUGAGGAGCUGACGUGGAAGCUGCACCAGGAGCAGAGGCAGGUGGAGGAGCUGCGCAUGCAGCUGCACAAGAGGAAGCGUAUGCAGGACUGUCCCGCCCCGCCGCCACCACCGCCGCAGCACAUGAUGCAUCUGCAGCCUCCUGUGCAGAUGCAGCAGUUCUACGGCGUGUCCGUGAAGCAGGAGCAGGUGGCGUCCAGCUGUCCUCUGGCUGCCAAGCAGAUGAAAAGCAGCGCGAGCAGCAACUGCAUGGCUCACUGCGAUCUACACACUGCGCCGCACUGCAUGGAGCCGCCGUCGUCUGGAAGUCCCGCCGGGCUGUCUGCGUUCCUGAGCCCUCAGUGUUCUCCUGAAGAUUCGCCUGUCACCAAACCCUCCAGCAGCCCCUCAUCACCCGGCCAGCCGUACCUGCUGAGAGACUCACACACGCUGCCUCAGAACGCAAGCAGAGCCACACGCAACAUACAGUUACAGCAGAAGAGCGCAGGACAGCCGGCGAGUUGCUCGUUUCCGUCAGAUCAGAGAAACCUGCAGCCGCUUUACCAUCACAGUCCAUCAGAGAACAACAUCAGCGCCAGAGGAUCCACCAAAGCCAAGAGCGGCAGCAUGCAGCAGAAAGAGGCUCUGUCUCUCUCUCCGCGGCACGUUGAGCCCAAGUCUCCCACAUCCAGCACUGCCUUCUGUAGCGCAGAUCCUCCUGCCUCCGGCAGUAAAGGGCCGCCGUGUUAUGAGGAUGCUGUGAAACAGCAAAUGUCACGCAGCCAGCAGAUGGAUGAGCUUCUUGACGUCCUCAUCGAGAGCGGAGAAAUGCCAGCUAACGCCAAAGAAGAGAGGUCUCCUGUAACCAAAGUUGUGCCUCACCUUACAGUUUCGCCCAAGUUCCACCGACACUACAGUCACAUGUCGCCCUCCAUGCUCGCGUACGAUCACGCGGCGGCUCACGGAGAUGCUCAUCUGGAGGCGCUGCUGAACCCCAUGAACCGGACGCAAGGAGACGCGCCGAUCCUGAAGAUGCCCGCUGAGGACGGACGCUUGGAGGAGCCGGGCGACGGAUUCAACAGCCGCGACAUGAUGGACACGCCCGUAUCACCCACGGCCGGAAAGAUCUCGGCGGUCGCCGCCGAGGGUCACGGCCUCGGAAUGACCUUCGCGGAGUCGCCGUGGGAGACGAUGGAGUGGCUGGAUCUGACUCCACCCAGCUCCGCCACCGCCUUCCACAACGGCCUGCCUCCGUCCGGGCCGAGUAUCUUCAACACGGAGUUCCUGGACGUGACCGACAUCAGCCUGAACUCGGCCAUGGACCUGCACCUGGAACACUGGUGAGGAAAAAACAUCACGUCCACAUCCAGAUCUCCAGAUCCAGCUCUGACGCUCCAGCAGCAUAGUGUUUAAUACUGUUUAUCACGUUCCAUCAAAACUUGAAUUGUUCUGACUGUGGAUUCUGGCAAAGAAUGUUUUGAUUACUGGAAACAGAAAGACGCUCCAAGUGGAAUUGGAUUCAAACAGAGACAUCCGUACCAUCCGUCUGUAAAUAUACGAAAACAACUCAAUACUUUUUUUAUUUUGUCUGCACAUUUGUGGUGUGGGAAAAACACGUAUUAAUGCAUCACACUAGUAUAUCACGUGUACUCUCUUGUGCUGUUGUAAAUAUGAAUUCACACUUGCACCUUGAGCUUACCAUAGAAUGUGUCACACUUUUUAUGAACAUUUCAUUCCUUCCUGUCAUCGUCAAGUCAUUAAUUUAUUUAGAGAGCGCAAACCUUUGGCUUUUACAUGUGAUAUGGAAGCAUGUUUCCGUCAUGAGAUUAAAAAAAAAAAAAAUUGUGACUUUU